AGUCAUUUGAUUCUCCUCGUCUAACGCUUUCUUUGAAUUUGAUUUUUUCACCGUAAAGUUUGAACGUAAAUCUCAGUAACUUUAUACAUGGAAAGUUCUUGAUUGUUUUCUUACAAACGUUUGCCAGAUCACAUGCAGAAAAGGAGUUCAGAGGUUAAUCCGAAAAACCUUCCUCCGACCAAUUCAUGGACCGGUUUUCUUAGCGGAUCUUCUGCCGAGCCACCAUAUAACUAUCCCCUUUCUCUUUGUCAGCUCCCCCCGAACAUAACUGCAUAUUUUCAGCAGCGGCGAAAUCUGUUGCGGGCUUGACCAGAAGCCCGUGGGAGUAUAAAAGAAAUGGAUCGGCAGAGAGGGGCGCUGAGCCCCAUAUACGGGCGGCAAAGGAGCGGAGCGAGCAGCACCAGCACCAAUUCUUCCUCUUCUCCUUCCAUGUCGCCGGCGCAUCCUUCUCACCAUUCGCGCUCUGGAUCCUCAACGGGAGGCGGCAUAUCCAACAUCAAGCGCUCGCAGAAUUAUGCCGCCAAGGCCGCCGCUCAGCGCCUUGCUCAGGUUAUGGCUUCUUCACAGCCUAAUGAUGACGACGAUGAAGACGAUUUGCCCUUCCGUUACAGCUCUACUUAUGGCGGCGGCUCCGCCAAUACAAAUAGUCACACCAACACUUACACGCAUAACAGUAUUGGUCAUACCGGCAUCUCUACUGGAAGGAAUACUCGAUCUCCCUCUCCUGCGUUAGGAAGGAAUUUUGCUGAGCAAACUCCAACUAUCCGCUCUACAUCAGCUGGAAGAACAGUUCGUCCAACACCCUUGGUACCACCAAGUACAACAACAGUAAGACAAAGGCCAUCAAUACCUCCUGUAGAGCCUGUUGCUGACAUACGUAGGGAAAAGAGAUUUCCAACUGAAAUUGGGCGUUUGAAUAUCCAAGAGAAUAGUGGCAAUCAACGAGAGGCCUCAGCUCUUCGUGAUGAGGUUGAUAUGCUGCAGGAGGAGAAUGAAAAUCUUCUUGAUAAGCUUCGGCUUGCGGAAGAAAAGUGGGAGGAGGCGGAAGCCAGAGCAAGAGAGCUUGAAAAGCAGGUUGCUUCCCUUGGAGAAGGCAUUUCAUUAGAGGCACGAUUAUUAAGCAGAAAAGAAGCAGCAUUGCGGCAAAGAGAGGCUGCUCUGAAAGCUGCAGCACAGACUAAGGAUGUUAAAGAUGAUGAAAUAGCAGCUCUCCGGUUGGAAGCAGAGGCUGCAAGGGAUGAGGCAGCAUCAGCUGCCGAACAAUUUCAUGAAGCUGAAUCAGAAGCAAAAUCAUUGCGUUCCAUGACACAAAGGAUGAUUUUAACACAGGAGGAAAUGGAAGAGGUGGUUCUGAAGAGGUGUUGGCUUGCUCGGUACUGGGGUCUGGCUGUGCGACAUGGAAUUCAUGCAGAGAUAGCUGGACCGAAGCAUGAACAUUGGUCAUCUUUAGCUCCUCUUCCACUUGAGGUGGUUAUCUCUGCUGGUCAGAAAGCGAAAGAUGAUCCUCGGAAGCAGAGUCGACAAUCAGAAAAUGGAAAUGAUGAACCUGAGAAGAAGAGUAAAGUUGUACGUGAUCUGAAUGAUUUAACUGGGGAAGGAAAUGUUGAGAGCAUGCUUGCUGUUGAAAAGGGCUUGUGUGAGCUUGCCUCCUUGAAGGUUGAUGAUGCUGUUGUACUUGCUAUGGCCCUGCAUCGACAGCCAAACCUUGCUCGAGUGGGUCAGGCAUUCCCAGACUUGAAAAACCCAGUUGAUAGUCCAAAGCUUGUGGAGGCAUUUGAGUUGAGCCAAGAAGAGGUUGAAGAUGUGCAGUUCAAGCAGGCCUGGUUAAUAUAUUUUUGGCGAAGAGCAAAAACCCAUGGAGUGGAAGAGGAUGUUGCUGAAGAAAGGCUUCAAUAUUGGAUUGGCCGGAGUAAUCAAUCUCCUACAUCUCAUGAUGCUGUUGAUGUUGUACGUGGUCUACUAGAAUUACGGAAACUGGGGAUAGAAGAUCAAUUGUGGGAAGCAUCUCGCAAGGAAAUUGAAAUGGAAGUCAACAAUCAGAAGAGCAAUACAGACAUGGAAGCAGCUGCCACAUGACUCAAUAGCUAGAAAAACCAUUGGAGGUUUGAAGAUUAGAACCAUUGUUGAAUUAGUUUAUAAGGUGUAUGCAAAUAUGUGCAUCUUUAAUGUAAAAUAUCAAAUUUUAUAAUGGCGGUCUGUUCGAGCAGUGCAGAUAACCACUGUUUGGUUUGCGAUUCCAAAAAUUCAAAGAACUCUCAAUGUAAUGUGUUUGUAAAUUUGUCAUUCAUAGACAAUUCUGAGUUUUGUUGACAUAAAGCCUUGAGCAUAUGAGAAAAUUCUUCUGCGAUGAAAUCCGGCUUUAAUUGUGAAUGACUAAUUUCUCACAGAUGGUAGUUUGUAUGGGAACGUGACUUCUAAACUCUCCAUUCUUGAGGGAUCCGUUCAACAUUCAUUAUUUGUAGAGAUAGUCAUGAGAGUCCUGACCGAAUGUUUGGCAUAUGUUAUUGUGGAAGUUCAUUUUCGUUCACUUUACUGAUUCAUUUUAUCCACUAAAUAAACUGCAUGUGGCCUAUGUAGUUUCAAAAUUGCUUUGAAUGAAGGGUAGAUGAGUUGCGGCUUCUUA